AUGUUUUUUCCUUUGCUCUUCCUCAUGAUUUUCCCUUCUGUUCUCUGUGAGUACCGAUGGUCUGUCUGCAAUAAUGCCUCAACUUAUAAAGAGGGAAGUGCAUAUUCCACAAACUUAAAACGAGUUAUCAGUGAUCUGUCUCGUAAUGCACCUCAAAGUUCAGGCUUUAACACCUCUUACCGUGGCCAAUCUCCCAAUAAAGUCUAUGGCCUGCUACAGUGUAUGGGUAAUAUAUCAGCAGCGAAAUGCUCAAAUUGUUCAAUGGAGGCAAAUAGCACUAUUCAAGAAGUUUGCGGCAACGACAUAGGUGGGCGAGUAUGGAUAGAUUACUGCUUCUUGCGCUAUGACAACUCCAAUUUCAUUUCAACAUUAGAUACCAACUUUGUUCUCCUGGAGAACAUAAAAGAUGUCACACAAGGGAAUCUUAUAGCUUCCAAGCGCAUAACAUUCGGUCUUCUGUCAGAUCUGAUUGAUUUAGCUUGCCUUCCAGCAAGUAUGGGAUUUUUCUCAGGAAAAAAUGAGUAUUCUUCUACAAUGGGAAAUGAAAAGGCUUCGGGCCAGGUUUACGGUCUAGUACAGUGCUGGAGAGACAUAUCGAUCAAGGAUUGUAGAAAUUGCUUGUCGCAGGCGAAGGAAGCUCUGGAAAGUUGUUGCUAUACUAAACAAGGCGCCCAGGCAAUGUCAGCAAGUUGCACGCUAAGAUAUGAGAUUUAUCCCUUUGUUGAUCCACCUGCACCUCCAAGUAUAACGCCCUCUCUUCCUCCUCAAAUAUUAAUCUCCACAACCAAGAGUCCUGGUUAUGAACCUUCUCCUAUGAGAUCAAACAAAUCAUCAGGAAGGUUAUGGAUGAUAUUAGGGAUUAUUAUAGGCUCGAUAGUCAUCUUCGCUGCUUGUUCCUUGGCAAUCCUAAGGAAAUUUAAAUCUGCAGUUUCGAGGAAGCCAGUAACCCUUGUGAGGGAGAAUGAAGAUGUUCUACAAAGGAGGCUUUUUAAAAAAGAGCAAAUUUCAUUCACCUUAGAAACUUUGAUCGAAGCAACAGAGGAUUUUAAUGACAAUAACAAGCUUGGAGAGGGAGGCUUUGGCCCAGUUUAUAAGGGAACGACCAGAAAUGGCAAGCAGAUAGCAGUGAAAAAGCUGUCUGCAAGAUCUGCACAGGGGAAAAGAGAAUUUAUGAAUGAAGUGGAACUCGUGGCAAAUAUUCAACAUAGAAAUCUAGUGAAUUUGCUUGGAUGUUGCACCGAAAGAACCGAAAGAUUGCUUGUCUAUGAGUAUUUGCCCAACAAAAGCCUGGACACCUUUCUUUUUGACCCAUUAAAGCGCAGAAUACUCGAUUGGCAAAAGCGGUUUAAUAUCAUAAUUGGAAUUGCUCGCGGCCUUCUUUACCUUCAUGAGGAUUCGCAGUUUCGAAUAAUUCACAGAGACAUCAAGGCAAACAACAUUUUACUUGAUGAGCAAUUGAAUCCUAAGAUAGCUGACUUUGGGCUAGCGAGACUCUUCUCUGACAAUGAAACUGAAAUUCAAUCAAAAGUUGCAGGAACUUAUGGUUACAUGGCUCCAGAAUAUGCAAUUGGAGGGCAGCUGUCUGUAAAAGUCGACGUUUAUAGUUUUGGAGUUGUACUGCUGGAGAUUGUAAGCGGAAAAAAAAAUACGGACAUGAAUCUUUCCAAAGAAAAACAGAGCCUCACCCUAUUAGAAUGGGCAUGGAGACUAUUCAAAGGAGGCCAUGCCCUGAAUAUUGUGGAUAUUGCGCUGGUGGGAAAUUGCCCAGAAGAGCAAGUGAUAAGAUGCGCCCACAUUGGACUUCUGUGUACACAGGCUGAUCCAGACGUGCGUCCAUUAAUGUCUAAUAUUGUUACAAUGCUAACCACCAAUUCUGUACCAUUACCAGUUCCAACGAGACCUGCGUUCGUAAGCAUGAGCAGUCAGAGUCCGAAUGUUAGUUUCAUCCCUGCAAUUUCUUCAAGGAAUGAAACCUCUAUUAGUAACUUGGAACCUAGAUAAUCCCUAGAAUUUCGACAGCGAGUCUUAAACUUCUUCAACGACUUUUCAACGACUUCAUUGGAUAAGUUUUGUUCAAACUUAAUAUCCGGGUCCAUCUAAUGAAAAGUGUCGUUAUAUCAAUUACGUACAAUUUUAUCUAGUCGACAUAAAAUUUAGUGGAG